UGUCUGAAUGUACAGGCUGCCGUAAACAGAUUGCACUGCUGAAAACUGUGUUGAGUUCAACUGUCAAAAGAAGUGUGGUCAUUUCCUGAGACUAAAAAACAACACUCUCUCAGGAAGUAAUGUGUCAAGUUCCACAAACUGUUAUGAGAACAACUCAUCGGCACAAAUCAUCAUGUUUUUUUAAGUUUAUACAAAAAUCGUAUUAAUGCUACGAUGGAAGUUGAUCUGGCUUUGCUAAAGUCCAAAAGGGGUCUACUAAAAAUAUCAGAAAUGGUGUGUGUUUUUGCGGCUUUUGUAUGUUAUGCAGUGGCAUCCAGGCCGGCCUACAUUGCAGUAACAUGCAUGGAGUUUUUCCUCACACUUGGUUUAUUUCUACUCUACCUACUGAAACUCAACAAGAUGUUCACUCUCUUCUUCUGGCCCCUUAUCGAUGUGUUCAACUCAUUCUCUGCAGCUGCACUGAUGUGCAUUCUUAGCCUGGUAGCAGUUUCCACAUACACAGUGAAAGCCACGCUAAGCGGAGGGAUCGUGGGCUUUGUGGUUGCCGCCCUGUGGUCCCUGGAUGGCUAUAUCCUUUGCAAAAAAAUCACAUUCAACAAACUGAGAACCACCGCAGAGGCACAGACGGGGACAGCCUAAAGCUCUGCAGGACCAGCUCUCUUGCAAACUGACUUAUUUUUUAAAUAAACAAAACAAAGUUGUAAAAUACUUACAUAGCUAUAGAAAUGCAAUUUGAUUUUUAAUGAAAGGAGUUGCCGGUCUGUCCUGUGAGAGAUGCAUCACCUACAUUCUCUGUUGAGUUAGAUUUCUCCAGAUUUCUGAAAUCAAGAUAGGCUGUUACUCAUUUGUAUAUGUGUAAUAAGUGUGCAAAGAGAUGAAAUAAAAAAUGUAAAAAAA